AUGACCGACCCCGCAGCCGGUCAGCUCCAACGAUUCUCUUGUCUGGCAUGCCGCCAGCGCAAGGUGAAGUGCGACCGCCGUGACCCAUGCUCGCACUGCAUCAAGGCAUCACGAGAAUGCAGCUUCGUUGUACCAGUCCGGGGUAAGAGGAAGAGUACUAAACCCGUCAAGGAGGGCCUGCAUGCCAGAGCGCGCCGCUACGAGGAGAUGCUGAAGUCGUACGGUGCUAAGAUCGAACCCAGAGGUAAUGGCGUUUCCGAGCGCGGGAAUGAUUCAUCAGAACUUUCAGAACCGGUGUCGCACACGGAUUUCGAUAUGACCGACUGCGACAGCGUCGAGUCGUCGCGGCAACCUCGGCAUUUGAUGCCGUUGCGAACGGACGAGAAGCUGAGAUUCACCAAAGAAAAAGACUCGUCCGGGUAUAUGGACGCCUUGCCUGAGGCUAAUGUCAUUGAAGACGAUACCUUCCCUGAAUACCCCGUGGAAGAUGCCAUUGUAGACCGAGGCAGUAAUGACGAGUCGGACACUCUUCUGGAGACGGGCGAACUACCCGACAGCAUGUCCAACGGACCGAAUGAGCCUCUCGCCAACCUUCACCCGCCGCAUCACCAGCUGCUCAAGCUGUGCGACACCUACGCCGACCGCGUCGACCCCAUAAUGAAGGUGCUGCAUCUGUCGACCUUCUGGACUUCGCUUAAUGAUGCUAUUCAACAGCCUGAGAAGGUUUCAAAGAGUCUGGAGGCAUUGAUCUGUGCCUUCUACUCUAUCACUGUCCACUCCCUCGCGGAACAUGAGUGCUGGUCUAUGUUGGGUGAAGACAAGUCUAUCCUGGCUAAGCGGUACACUCGCGCAACACUUCAGGCUUUGAAGGCUGCCAAGUUUAUGCGCACAUCCAGUUCAAUGACCCUUUGCGCGUACUUCAUCUACCUCAUGGCUGUGAGAAGCAGUCACUCGACAGACGCCUUCUACAUCCUCUCCGGCGUGGCCGUUCGCCUGGCCUGCAAAAUUGGCAUACACCGCGACGGCAUUUCUCUGGGCCUGUCCCCCUUCGAGACGCAGAUGCGCCGCCGCCUUUGGUGGUCCAUCAUGCUCACGGACUUGCGCAUGUCGUCCCUUAUCGGUGCUAAACCGUCCAUGGACCUCUUCUCUAGCGACGUGAGACCCCCACUCAACAUCCCGGACGAGGACUUCGGUCCGGACACAAUCAAUAUGCCGCCAGAGGCCGAGAAGAUUACACCGCUGACAGUCGAGCUGCUCCGGUACGAGAUGGUUCGUUUUCUUGAGCUCGACUUUACCAGGAGGAGCAGUGCCAUCGCCGAGCUCAACGACGCCGUGGAGACAAAGUUUCUACGGUACUGUGACCCGACAAACUCUCUCGACACCUUCGUUUCCAUCAUGGCACGCUCAGGCAUUUGUAUGUGCAGAAUCAAAGCAGGCACGCACAACAUCCGGCAAUGCGUCGACCGUGGCAUCCCCGUGCCGCAGAGCGAGCGAGACACCGUAUUCGCCGCCGCCACCAAGAUGCUCGAGUACGUUAAGCUGACGCGCCAAAACACCAAGCUAGACAAGUACAUGUGGCAGGCAGGCACGAGCGUCCUCUGGCACUCGCUUCUGUGGGUGCUCAUUGAGGUGAAGCGCCGCAAGGUCAGCCCCGAGGUCGACCGGGCGUGGGAGCUCAUCGGGUCUGUCCUGUCGUUCUACCCACUCAUGUUCCAGAGGAAUACCACAGCCGUGUACGCCGUACUCGGCAAGUGGACACUAGAGGCGUGGGACACCAGCCACGCUGCCCGAAGGGAGGCGGGUGUGCCGAAGGAGUCGACGCCGGACUGGGUAGAUGCGCUUCGGCGGGCUCGGGAGCCGACCCAGGGCACGUCGGCCACAAAGAUCUCUGCAAGUGUCCAGCAGCCGACACCCAUUUCCAAAAUCGACGAGUGUGAUCCCUUCACAUUUUCGGAUCUACUAAACUUCGAGUACGCGCCCGCCGAAUGGGACCAGUGGGAGAGUUUGCUUGCGGCAGAAGAGGUGGGCAGUUUUUAA